AUACGCCGGGCCCUGCCACACGUACCUCACACCUCGACUGAAUCCGUCCAACUUCCAGAGGGUAGCAAUGAAGUGGAGGUCGCCCGCUGUGUGCCUGGUUCUAGCAGCUUCACUGGCGGCGUCGCAGCCAACAGGACAGAAGGCGAAAGACGCUGCUUUUUGGAAGGAGACGCCAAUGGACGGAGUGGUUCAAGAGUUUCAAACGAAGUGCGCGCAAAGAAAUGAUCACGCCUCAUGCCUCAAAUUUAAAGUUCUGAACCUUCUGGAUGAAAUGUUCAGAAGGGAUUCUUUUAAGGUGUCAGAUGCUGUGGCUUUAAUACGAAAUUCGUUCAACCCUGAGCAUCAAACGACCCCUUCUGAGGACAGAAGCGUGGAUGACGAAGUACUUAACGAAGUGGGACAUUUUGUACAAGGGCACGACCUGUUGGUAACACUACCUGGGGCCACCCUCAACUUGUCGCCACGACAUUUAGACCAUGACGAAGUCACAAUAUCUCUGAAGUUCAGUCAGGAACAGGGCAGGGCUUCAACAGUAGAUGAAGGUCGGAGGAGCAAGCUUAAGAAGAUAUUCGUCCCGAUCUUAGUGUUCCUGCUGCUGAAGGUCGUCACCUUGGUCCCCCUCUUCAUCGGGGCUCUGGGUCUGAAGGCGUGGAACGCUCUCCAGCUCAGCUUCUUCUCCUUCGUGAUAUCGGUGGCGCUCGCCAUCUUCCAACUGUGUAAGAAGAUUGCAGCUGAUGCGUCACCGCCACAGGUCGUGGCCCACGGUCCCUGGGAUUCGAACCCUACACAAUACAGUGCCGCCAGAAAUUUAAAUUCACAUACUCUGGCUUACAGAUCUCACAACCAGGCGGAGUGAAUAGCGAAAACUUGCAUAAAUUAAACCAAACAAUUUCCUUGUCAUCUGAUUGGUCACUUUCAGUUGUACUAUUCAGUAAGACGUAAUUAGCAAACUUUAGCGCUAAUGUGAGAAAAAACAUUGCAAUUCUCAAGCAGUUCUGCGUGCUCCAGAAAAUUAUUAAUCCAGAUGGAAAUUUAUUUAUGUUUACGAGGGCCUUACCCACGGUGGCCUCGCUGAAUUUUGUUGAAAAAAUGCCUUGUGAAGCCUUGACGUGCGACGGUCUGCGGAGAUUUAAUCUCCAGUAAGGACAUCGCCAACAUUUCCUGAAUGACCCUGGAAGCCUCUCAGUCCCUGUCUGAUACGAAGCCAACCCCCUUUACAGGAAGCGUGAAAGUCUUACCACGCUAGAAGCCACCACCGAGGUGUUCCUGUAUCCAUAACGCAUGUUACCUCACUCCGUAAGUCCACCCUAAUUUUUCAUACCGAACCAUCAAGUUCAAUGUUGUACAAACAAUUACAGGCACGUAACAAAUAUUCAAGUCAUGUUGUGUCUUUGAUUGUCCCUGCUACUUGUUAGAGGACACUACCCCCCUCCACAAUUUUUAGGACUAUUCUGUGUGUGUGCAUGAUAAAUAAUAAUGUACAAUUGUAAAUGAAACUCAAAAUAUAUGUUACUAUGUAGUUGUAUGUUA